AUGUCUUCUCUAGUCCUCCCCUCUGCGACUAGUGUCCUCCGCAAAUUGAAUGAGCAGAGAUCCAGUCCAGCUUCAGUGUCAGCUUGUCUCACGGCCGUCUUUUCGUUGUCCGAGUCUGAGCGCAAGGCCCUGGUCGAAUUCCCUGCCAAGUACCAGAUCGUACCUACUGACAAGGAAGCAUUCACGACCGCAGCUGUGCAGGCACUGGCUUCAGACGACUUGGAUCAAGCGCUUGAGGAUGCUGCCAGUGGGGCCUCUGCUGCAGUUAAGGGCAUCAUUGAACUAAUGGUCGCGCUGCUCCUCAAUUUAUCAUGGGCUGAUGCAAUGAACGGCACACACCUCACUGAAGAGUAUGAACCGAUUCUCAGGCUCUACUGUGAGACUAUGAGGGAUGGGAUUCCACUAUCCAACACUAUUGCUCAGUAUGCUGAAGACUUCGAUAACAAGAUCAUUGAAUUCUGUGCGGAUAGUUCUCUCACUAUAGAUGAGCGCCUGUCGACAAUCCGAAAGUACAUUAAGGAUGCGGAAGGACACCAAAUCACAGCCAAUGAGAUGCACAGCACUCUAGAGUCGAUAUUCGACAAAACUCUGGAUUUCGUAAACCAACUUGGGAGCCAGACACUACUGGUGCGAGAUGCAAAUGACGAAAAGGAGGCAAAAGCCUUUCCUACACCGAGGUCAGCAAAGAUGAUCUUUUCAGCUGGCCCGCUCGAUGCAAUCAUCCCGGCACUCCGAGUCGCUUUGGAAUCACCUUUCGGGUCAUAUGUGACGAUUGCUGGCUUGCUUGGAAUCGCAAACCCCGAAGCGAUCAACGCGGCCUAUUCUUUAGCUGCAUCUAUGGUCAGUCGGGAGCAUUUACCUAUCAAUGCAGUCAUUUCCGACCUAGCCACACGAUCGGGGAGUGCAACGGAUACGAACACGGACUAUUUCGACGAGUUUCGAGAGCAUAUUGAAGUCCUCGCUGGCUAUUGGCAAAGUACACUCGUCGAUGCGCGAAAGAUUGAGCUAUGGCUGGAUGAUGGUGCCUCGCUCGUAGACAUGCCCACGUACAUGAACAUGGCAUUGAAUGAAGGGGCCAAGAUCUAUGUGGAAGUAGGCAAGUACUUGCGACUGUACGCCGAAGAAACUAGCCAGAUUCCUUGGGAUGAGUGGUUGAACGCCGAUGAGAGGAUCCGUAAUUGA